AAUUUUAAUUACAUUAAAUUAUAAAUGUUCACCUCACUAUUUAUUUAAUAUGGCAGAAGAAGUUAUUAUACUUAAGGAUCUCAAACUAGUUCCAGAUAAAUAUUACGAUUACACACCAACUUUACGAAAUUCAAAAACACCAAUAGUCAUUGAUAAUGGUUCGUUUACUUGUAAAGCUGGGUGGGCAACAUCUAAUGCUCCAAAUCUCAUAUUUAAAAAUAUAUUAGCUCGCCCAAGAAAAGAACGAGGAAAAAAAGAUGGCGAGACACUUAUUGGAAAUGAUAUAGCAAACAUAGAAGCAGUCAGAUUUCAGUUGAAAUCACAAUUUGAUCGCAAUGUAAUAACACAAUUUAAUGUUCAAGAACAGAUUUUUGAUUACACUUUUUCACAUUUGGGCAUUGAUACUAAUGGUAGUAUAAACCACCCAAUUAUAAUAACAGAACCAGUUGCCAAUCCUAAUUAUUCCCGGCUAUUAAUGUCAGAGCUAUUGUUUGAAUGUUACCAUGUUCCGGGCAUUUGUUAUGGGAUAGACGGUUUAUUCAGUUACCAACAUAAUGGUCUUAAUGAAAAAACAGGACUCAUUGUGAAUUGUGGCCAUCAUACAACACAUAUUAUACCUGUAAUCAAAGGUAUUCCUGAUUUAAUAAAUAGUCGUCGAAUUGAUGUCGGCGGAUAUCAUAUAACAUAUUAUUUACACAAACUUCUACAACUUAAAUAUCCGGCACAUUAUAAUGCUAUAACACCAAGCCGAGCCGAGGAGUUGCUUUAUGAACACGGGUUUUUGGCGGUGCAUUAUACUGAUGUAUUAAAACAAUGGUCAGAUGCAGAGUAUUAUGAUAGUAAUGUGAAAAGAAUACAACUUCCUUAUUCUAUGGCUGUUAUUUUAACACCAGAUCAACAACGAGACAAAAGAAGAGAAAUGGCUAAAAAAUUAGUAGAGAUGAAUGCUAGAAAAAGAGAUGAAAAAUUAGCAGAAGACGAAGAACAAGUUCAUCAAUUAUUAAUGAUCCGAGAUAUGAUUGAAGAUGGAGAACCUAUUGAAGAAGUUAAAGAAGUAUUGAGAUCUCAUGGAUUAAAAAAUGAAAAGGAUUUAAGAAAAUUAAUUACUGAUCUUCAAACCAGAAUUGAUAGAGCAAAAUCAAAAAUUGCAGCUGCUUCUCAUAAUGCUUCCAAUGUUGAAGAACACGUAACAGAAGAGCCUAAGUUAAGAUUUUUUAAAAAUAAGAUUCAAUUACCUAAAGAAGAGUCUAUUUCAAAAGCUUGGCUUAAAGAUAUAUAUAAAAAAAGGCAAGAUAUAAUUGAUAAAAAAACUGUUAGAAAACAGCGUAGACAAGAUAUGGCUAAAAGAGGAACUGCUGCAUCUUUAGAAAGAAUGCGAUUAAUUAGCCAGUUAGCAAGGAAAGAUAAAAGAGAUGAUGAUUUUGGUAGUAGAGAUGAAGACUGGGAUGUUUACAAAGUUAUAAAUAAAGAAGGUGGUGAUACUGAUAGUGAGGAGGAACAAGAAAAAAUUUCAGAGCUUGAAGAAGUUUUGCGAUUUUAUGAUCCAACAUUUGUUAGCUCUAACACCAAUGAAGAACAAAAUCCCAAAGAAGCUCAUCAGUUACAUUUUGGAAUAGAACGGAUGAGAUGUACAGAAAUUCUUUUCCAACCAUCAAUAAUUGGUUGUGGUCAAGGUGGAAUAAGUGAUACUAUAGAAUUCAUUUUAAAAAAAUAUGAUGCCCAAACAGCUAAUAAUCUAGCAGAAAAUGUGUUCUUAACUGGUGGUCCAACUAAACUACCUGCUUUCAAGGAACGAGUUUAUAGAGAACUUCGGGAAAUGAGACCAUUAGAAACUAAUAUUAAUGUAAAAUUAUCUGACUCCCCUAUUUUAGAUGCUUGGUUUGGUGCUAAGGAAUUUGCUAAUAAACAAGAUUUUCAUAAAUAUUUGCUUACACCUGAAAUGUAUGCUGAAAUGGGUGGUGAUUAUUUUAUAGAAAAUUCUUGUUCCAAUAUAUAUUGUCCACUUCCUGAAGCUGUACAAGAACCUGAAGGUUUAAGUGAACUUAAUACAGAAAUUUAAUUGUUUUAAAAAUAUUAAAAUUAAUAUGUGAUGUAUCAUUUAUGUACAAAAUCUAUUUCUUGUAAAUAUUUUAUAAUUUUAUAUUAUUUAGUAUAGAGUUAUUAUAACAGGUAUACAAUAGUAAGUUUAAAAAUAAUGUACU